GAUUACUUGUGUAAAUUAUUGUAAAAUAUGAAUAUUUAUUUUGUGGAUAAUAUUAGGCAAGAAGAAAUUGAUACAUUUUAUGAAGCAUGUCAGCGACAUAGAGACUAUUAUCGAGGGUAUCCAAAAGCGUACCAUCCCUUAGAAUACUUUAGGGAACCAGGAUAUUCGGGACAAUGCCCGCAAGAUAUGACCACCGUGUACCUAUCGUAUCCGAGGUUCCACGUGAAGUACAAGCAGCCUCAUGUGUUGCCAAGGGACACAGGCCGUACUAGUGGAUUCCCCAGCCUUCCGGAACGCACCCUCGGUGGCCGCUACAACAAGAACCCUUGUAAAUUGUUCGUUAGAUAGAGUUCUUCAAUAUCGUUGGUUUUCUAAAAAUCCUUAGAUAAAUUGUUUUCUGAUAUGUAUUUAAAAUAUAAAAUAAUAAUAUCUAGUAAAUAA